ACUGAUUAAACCAAGUCCAUUCUAUGAUAUACCUAAAACGAUAGAGAAUAGUUAAACAAUAAGGGUUAUCUUUUGCUAAAGUUAUGGCAAAGAGCAAAGAUGAUAUAACUUAUGGGACAGCUCAAGCAAGACUAUCUGAAGAUGAUGCUCUUAGAAUAAGGUACAAAGCAGGAACUCCUCUUGAAGGAGGAAAAAUUGCUGACUCUCAACCAGUUGAUCUAUUCUCAAGUGUUCGUAAUAUUGAGAAUCAACAAGGCAAGAUUGCUGAUUCUCAACCUGUUGAACUCUCCUCAAGUGCACAAAAAAUUGCAGCAGCCAAACAAAAACAAUCCCAACAAGAAGAGAAGCCUACAGAUUCUUCUGAUCUGGAGGGAAAGGAUACUCAUGUUUAUGAUGAUGAGAAUAUGGAUAACAAUUUGCCUCCAGCAGCUGCAACACUCAUGUUUGAUAGCAACAAGGCUGAUAAUUGGACAACAAAUCCUCCUUGAGUUGCAACUACACCUCAUCAUCAGCUUUUUGUGAAGCAUCUUUGGUUCCUUUUGUACUGUUGAUAAUAGUAAUAAACAGUUUUAACCUAAUUAAA